UGCCCUCAUCGUGAACGCGCCUGGACGCUCCGUGCGCACGAGCAGCCCUGUUUGUUUGUGUUGAGAUUGGAAAUGGCGGAGAGCAGAGAACGAAGCGAUAACUUGGCUUUGCAAACGCGAGUGCGCCGUCAUUGAAACGCAGAUACCACCCACAAGUGAUUCUCGGAGUUACUUACGGUUUGCCUCUGCCGAUGGGAUAUAAGUCGGACGCAGCGAAAAAGGGAUUUUCGGAACAAGGUUUGGAUUUAGCGAGCUGGUUAGCCAGCUAAGCUAACCGUGCUAGCAGCCUGGCGUUAGCUAUAGCUUCAAGUCGUGUGUGUGAUUUUAACUACGCAGGCUUGUUUGUCAACAUAAGAUGACGUUAAAUUGCUAGCGAGCCAGCUAACACGCAACUUUUUUUCGCCCGGUUUCCAAGCUAACCCAACAUGCUCGCUGCAGCUCACCGCAAAAUUAUUAAUCCAAAGUAACACUAGAUAGUACGAGCAAGCAGUAAGUUAAGCUGCUAACUGGCUUGUUUUACGCAAGCUGCCGUUUUCAUGGGAAUUGAUCACCCAGCGUGACAAUUUACAGCAGGACCCCGUGGGCAGGAUCUUUAUUUACGAGUUGACAAAACGGUCAGAGGCCAACAGGCUUCUUCCUGCACCUGGGGUGGUGCCAUGUGACGGAGCAGCCGUGGUGCUAUAACCCCACCAUCACCACCGCUCCAUCACCUCCACUCCAAGCUGUUUGCCCACCACUGAUUGCUCCCCCUCCAGUCUCCCUUUCCUCCCUUUAUCUUUGCUCUGAGCCCUGGACAAGGCCAACCACAGCCAACACAUGACUCACCCACUGGAGCCCUAGAUCAAGUCAGUUAAAGCUGAAAAUGAGUGCAGUAGGGGAAAACCCCCUGGACCCUGCCACGCCAGAGUCACGCAAGAGGAAGGGCUCACCAUGUGACACAUCAGGGCAAAGUGUGGAGAAGCGGAGACGGGAGCUGGAGUGCCGCUACAUCGAGGAGCUGGCUGAGCUGCUGUCAUCCAACAUGGGCGACAUUGCCAGUCUCAGUGUCAAGCCGGACAAGUGCCACAUCCUCAAGAGCACCGUGGACCAAAUCCAGCAGAUGAAACGGCGUGAGCAGGAGAAAGCGGCUCUUCUGUCUCCGGAUGAGGAGGUGCAGAAGAGCGACAUCUCCUCCAGUAGCCAGGGGUUGUUGGAGAAGGAGGCCCUGGGGCCCAUGCUGCUAGAGGCCCUUGAUGGGUUUUUCUUCGUCGUCAACCGGGAGGGUCGCAUCAUCUUUGUUUCAGAGAACGUGACGGGUUACCUUGGAUACGCCCAGGGGGAGCUGAUGACCUCAAGUGUCUACAGCAUCCUCCAUGUGGGAGACCACAAUGAAUUUGUUCGCAAUCUGCUGCCCAAAAGCCUGGUAAACGGCGUGCCGUGGCCACAGGAACCUGGCAGAAGGAACAGCCACACCUUCAACUGUCGCAUGCUGAAAAGGCCACCGGACGAGAUGGACUCCGAAAAUCCGGAGGCUCGGCAGCAAUAUGAGAUCAUGCAGUGUUUCACCGUGUCCCAACCACGGACCAUGCAGGAGGAGGGAGAUGACCUGCAGAGCUGCCUGAUCUGUAUUGCCUGUCGGAUACCUCGCGCCCAGCCUUUGAGCACUGAGUCUUUCAUUACGAAGCAGGACCCUACAGGGAAGAUCAUCUCCAUAGAAACUAGUGCUUUGCGGGCGACAGGCCGGCCUGGCUGGGAGGACCUGGUCAGGAAGUGUAUCUACGCUUUCUUUCAGCCGCAGGGCAAAGAGCCCUCCCACGCCAAGAAGCUGCUGCAUGAGGUGAUGACUCAUGGCACCGCUAUCAGCCCGUUGUACCAUUUCGCGUUAAGUGACGGCACCCCGCUCAGCGCUCAAACCCGCUGCAAGUUCUGCUGCCCCCCCAACCCUGACGUACAGCCCUUCAUUAUGGGCAUUCACACUAUUGACAGGGAACACAACACUUCUAGCUCUCAGGAAAACACUAACCCCAGCCUUCCGACCCUUGGCAGCCUUGCCCAAACUCCCUCCCGCUCGCCUUCCCUUCCUCCCAGCAGCAACUGGACCCAAGGCCUCGCCACCUCGGGCCUUCACCCCAACAACACCAACACCUCCCCCCACGGACAUAAUCCAGCCACACCCACAGGCUACCUGACGCCUAAUCGGACCUUUCCCCAGCAGGUCAACAGCCCCUCUCCUUUGAGCAGCCCACUCACAGCCACCCCUACCUCUUUUAUGUCACCCAGGAUGCCACGGGCCAGUCCUGGGUUAGGGGGAAGCCCUCGGGUACCGGGGAACCCCUUCUCUCCUUCCACACCAGGCCUCCAUUCCCCAGCAGGGGAGCUGAGUAGUGGAGGCAGCCUCAGCAGGCAGCAGUCUGGCGGCGAUGGUAGUAGCGGCGCCAGCGGUGGGUCAACGGGGUCCUUCUCCCUGUCCUCUCCUGUCCUACAGAGACAAGCCAGUACACCCACCGGCUCCUCCACUCGGCCUCCAUCUGCUAAACCGCCAGAGGGAGGAGAAGGACGGGGAGAGGACUCUGUUAAAGCCCCCCUUCCUUCUGCCUCACAGCUGGGUAACCCAAGACUCAAUCAGCUCCUGGAUAGCAAUGGGACGGGAGUUGAAUCCAACAACAACAGAAUCCACUGCACCUCAUCACCUCUUCCACCAAACCCUCCUCCUGUCCCUCAGUGCCCUGCCUCUCACAGCACCCUAACGGAACGGCAUAAGAUCCUGCACCGGCUGCUCCAGGACACCAGUCCCAACGACGGCUCCACCACCACCACCGAGGAAGGACUAAACAAACAAGAUGUUGAGGUCAAGAGGGAGCUGCCUGCCAGUCCAGUUCUUAACGCGUCACCUCCCAAGUCCAGCUCCAGAGAGCCACAGGACCAUCAACUACUCCGUUUUCUCCUGGACACAGACGAAAAGGACUUGGGGGACCUUCCACCUCCAUCUGCUCUCACCCUGCAGACGGUUAGGGUAAAAGUGGAGAAGAGAGCCAGCGUGGAGGGAGCAGCCUGUACAGGCUCUACCGUUGCAGCAGGAGGUGCAUCCAAACCUGCAGGAGUUUGCAGCAGCUCGGCUUGCAUCAGCCCCAAAUCAAGCCCCGUCGGAGAGAACUGCAGGGACAGCCGCAGGGACAGCCGCAGGGACAGCCGAGACUCCACGAGCUCUGGUGGCCCUGUUGACAUGGACCCUCUCACCCAGCUGCUGCCUGGCCUGAGAGGCCCGGGUGAGGUCAAACACGGCAGCGAGGAUUCAACAACCCCUGGAGGGGGCCCCCAACUCCACUCUCCAGCCUCGCAGCCCCCAGCUCAGCUCCAGUCCUCCCUGCCUCAGCUCCAGUCCCCGCUUCCUCAGCUCCAGUCCCCCCUGUCCCAGCCGCAGUCCCUUUCCCAGUUGCAAUCGCCGUCACCCAAGCUCCACUCCCCUUCCCCCCAGCUCAAACUACAGUCACCCACUCAGCUCCAGCCCGGCGAGGCCGGCACUCCCCGCAACGUCAAUGUGAAGAGAGAGCCUCCCGCCACUCCGAACAGAGGACUCGCUGAUGGCGGCCCGACCUCCGGCUGCAGCCUCCAGAGUCAGUCAUCCUUUGAUUUCUGCAGUCCCCCCACUCCAAACCAGACACAGAACCAGGGACAGGGAGACAUCUUCCAGACCCCCCAGGACAGCAGCCCCUUUCCAGAGGCAGACAUUAACCCAUUCAGUUCAAGCACUGGCCUAUCUAAGAUGGAUGUGGGAGACUCCCAGUUUCAGCCUCUGGCUCUGUCUGACACCUUGUCCUUUGAUGGUCUUGGAACACCUUUACAAGCUCCCUUGGCAUCACCGCAAGAGCAGUGUGUGCCAUGUUCGCUGGAUGAAGUGCUGGGCCCUCCGACCACACCCGAGGGCCGGAACGAUGAGAAAGCUCUGUUAGAGCAGCUCGUCUCUUUCCUCAGUGGGACUGAUGAGAGUGAACUGGCCGAGCUGGAUAAGGCUCUGGGUAUUGACAAACUGGUGCAGGGCGGCUGUUUUGAACCUUUGCCCCAAAACUUCCUAACCCAGCAGCCCACUGCCACGCCAGGUUCCAUGGACCCUAAACUUCCCACCUACCUUUCCCAGUUUACACCAGCUCCACAAGCUCAGUUUCCUCCAGAGCUGGCCACGGUGGUGGGGACACAGGGUCUUGGGUUUGGAGCCCCCCGGGGGGCUUUCCCCGGCGGGACGACGGGCAUCGGGCUGAGGCCAGGCAUGACGCGACCACAGGGGAUUGGCCCUCAGAUCAGGCUGCCACCCAACCAACUGCGCCUGCAGCUGCAGCAGAGGCUGCAGGGCCCACAGCAGCUCCAGAACAGGAUGGCGGGCAUGAAUGCGUUUCCUGGAGGCGCCCAGCAUGUGAACAUAGGGAUUCGUCAAGGGGUUCAACAACCUCAAAUGCCCUCACAGCAGCCUCCGCUGAAUGCCCAGAUGCUGGCCCAGCGACAAAGGGAACUCUUCAGCAUCCAGCACCGCCAGCGCCAGCUUUUCCAGCAGAAAGUCAUGCUGAUGAGACAGAACAUGGCAGGGGCCCCGACCGGAACUGUAGGGCCUAUCGGAACUGCCAGGGUCCCAAAAGGUCCCACAACAACGCCUCAACAACAGCAGCAGCAGCAGCAGCAACCACAGCCGCAGCAGUUCAACUUUCCACAAGGGUACCCUCCGUUGACGGGAAAAUCCCCUACCUCACCAAGUCAAUUCGGCCCCAUGAGCGGGAGCCCUCUGGACAACAAACUGCCCGGCAGAGUUCCCCUGAAUAACCAGGCGCUGAUAGGCAGCGUGCAGGGCCAGUUCAGCAGCACCGUGAACUCCUCAUUGCAGCAGGGCCUGUUUCAGCAGUUUGGAGGGACUGCUAUCGCCCAGCAAGACCCAGCUUUCCCGUCUGAGAUGAGCCCGACCAGCCCGUUGUUGUCACCUCAAAGCUCCACCUCCCAGAGUCCUCUGCUUCAGCAGGCCCCGCCCCCUGGCUACCAGUCACCAGAAAUGAAGAGCUGGCAACAGACAGGCAUGGGCAGCAACAGCCUGUUCAGUCAGUCAGGACAGAGUGCAGGGCCGGCUUUUGGCCAGCAGGGGGUUUACAACAACAUGAGCAUCACCGUCGCCAUGGCCGGGGGCUCGGCUAGUGUCGGCUCAUUACCUCACAUGGGGCAGCCGGUUGGCAUGAGCAACAGUAACCUCAGUAACGUCGGUUCAGUGUGCAGCGACCAGCAGGUGCAGCAGGUUCAGGUGUUCGCGGACGUGCAGUGCACAGUGAACGUGGUUGGCAGCGACUCCUACCUGAACCAGGGCUCCAUCGGAGCCACGGCCUCCCAGAAGGGCCCCGGAGCGCAGGGCUCCCAGAACAACCAGGCCCAGCAGAAGAGCCUCCUCCAGCAGCUGCUCACCGAGUGACAACUCUCGCAACUCCCCUUCAGCUCUCCUACUCCCUCUACUUCUCACUUCUACGCCUCCUCCUCGGAGGUCGGUGCACCGGACCCAUUGCUGUCUCUGUCUCACCUUUUGGAUGGAAGGAUGGAUGUUUGGACGACCGCGGAGUAGGCUCAGAGAGGUCCGGCUGUCGGUGGAGCUACACAGCCUGACCACUUCUGUGCGCGCGGGGAUUCCAGGGGGCUGGUUGUUUUAGACGCCCAGUACUUUUAAGAAAAGACUCAAGUCAGAAGGAGCAGCAGUGUAUUUAAACCUGCCUGUCUAAUCUGUCUGACAACCUGUCUGUCUGCCUCAGCCUAUUAAAGGCAGUGUUGUCUUGCUGCUCAUUCCUUGGUGACCUACUUCCUGCUUCCUGACCCAAGAAAAAACAGCUGCGACAUCAUUGUAGAUUUGCCAAGUUGUCGUCACUGUCAAAUCAGGGCCGGCCUCUCUUUUGUUUCCUCCGUUUUGUUUUUGUGAUGGGGACGGUUUCUGUCAGGCCGUCGCAGCAGCAGUGCAUCUUGGGAGCAUGAGUUGCAGCUUACAGCUGAGCUCAUCAUUUUAAGUGUGGGAGUAUCCCACACAGCAGCACUUCUGGCUUUUUAUUUUUGUUUUGUUUUUUUUUUGUUUUUUUUCUCUACCUGUCUCUCAGCGAUGUGGGAAUGUUAAGGUUUCAGACCUCUGUGGCAUUGUGGGAUAGAAGCUCAGUAUCAGCUGGUUCUGUGACUGUCUCUCUCUAUCAGCUACAGUGCCUGGUGGAAGUUUGAGUUUUUCCCAAGCUCUGCUUCUUCUUCUUCUUCUUCUUCUUCUUCUUCUUCUUCUUCUUCUUCUACAUAUUAAUCUAUUACGUUUUCGUUUUUUUUUUUUGGUUGAAUUGUUUUGUUUAAAAUCUUCUGCUCUCACCGUCAUCAUCAUCAUUAUCAUCAUCAUCUUCAUGAUCAUCAGAACAACCUUUGACAACAGCCAGAAUGGAUUGGAUGGAUUGAUUGAUGGAUGGAUGGAUGGAUGGAUGGAUGGAUGGGAGACAGACGGAAUGCUGCUCAGUUUGGAACUUAAUAUGUCUUCUUUCUCCCCCAACCCCUUGAAUUAUUUAACUGUAUGUCUGUCACAUUUUACCCAUCACCUCAGCAGCUGUGAAUACAGAACCCUGUUGGGUUAUUUCUCUCUCUCUCUCUCUCUCUCUCUCUCUCUCUCUCUCUCUCUCUGUGUAUCUUUCGUGUUAUCUCUUGGCCUAUCAGUGUUGUUUGCCAUGUGCACCAUGCAGGCGCUUAGUAUUGUACAGUAGAGAAGGACAAAGACUUGGGGAUGAGCUCACUCUUCUCUUGUAACUGCUUUCCUUUAACAAACAAAAAAAUAAGUGUAAUUAAUUGAUUACUCAGAACAGCAAAACUAUGUAUAAUGUGAUUCGAUCCAGGUCGGUUCGGUCCAUUUUUAAAAAUUGUAAUAAUGUCAGCUCAUGGUUUUUUGAGAUUACUCUUGGCAUCAUGAUAUUGUAACCCCCCUACAUGUUGCAGUGGAGGAGGUUAUUCCAUCUUCUGAAAUGUGAAAAGAAAAUUUUCUGAAGCAAUUGAUCAUGAAAUAUAGCUACGCUCCCUUCGGCAUCCCAUUCAGCGCUACAAGAAGCUACACUACUUUCCGAAGAAAAGAAAAAAACUGGGUUUGAUUGCUUCGCUUUUCUCUUGUGGUAACCAGGGAACUAGUUCUCUUGCUUAUAUCCUCUUUUUUUUUAUACUUUCAAGACAACUUUUCCGUAACCUUUGUAUAAAAAAAACAAACAAGAAGAAUAAUACCUCAAACCGUGUUCUUUGCUGGGAUGACGUGACCAUUGGCGAUGCUAACGGUACUGAUCCGCAUCGCCUUAUGUGCCCGUUGUCGCAGCAAACAGCGAUUUUGGGGUAUUGUUCCUAUAUAUUGACAUUUAAGUAGAGGCUUUAGUAAUAGAAGUUCCUAACAAAGAUGUGAUGGAUAAUUCAUUUGAAGCUGUCAUGAAAUUGAAUCAAAACAGGAUGGGUUGAGUCACAAAAAAAAAAAAAAAAAAAAUGUUCUUUUUAUGUUUUCCUGCAUAUUUUUUUUUUUUAUCAGCGUUCCUCUUUUUUUUUUUUUUUGGGAUUCAACCCUCUUCUCCCUCCACCUUUCUCUGAUGAAAACUUUGCUCCGCUGGGUAAACACACACACACAGUUUUCUGUUGACUACUGUUGCUAAGUCAGACACUUUCUCUCUCAGCGAUGACAGACCUCUGUUAAAUCAGAAAAAAAAGACGUGCACACUUUACCUGGAAGUUAGAAAAAAAGGAAAAACCCUGCCGAGACGUUGCCUCUAAAUAUUCUUUCCAUGACUAAAUUAAUGUAAAGAUAAAGUUAUGAUCUGGAUAUUGGGCGUAAGAAGUAUCUGACACGCGAUACCCAAAGGUUUGAAGUAUAGGAUGUUAUAAGAACUGAAGUCCCACACAUUUUGUGUCAGUCUCUUGAGCCCUUUUGUACACAGGAAUUAUGGAAUUAUUCGGGAAUAUGCUGUGAUUUGUAACGACCACAAAGGUCUUCUUCUGUCAAAUCUGCCACGUCUCUACUCCAGCACAAUGUCAGACGUUCCCUGAUUGGACUUAUCCUUGUUCUUGGUUCAUUGUUUCUCUUCUCUUUUUUUCUUUUUUUU